GUGACAACGGUUGGUGCAGGGCUGGGAAGAAACAGCAGAAGAUGGCAACUCCUAAGGGACGUGCUCAGAAAGGCAAAGCAAAAUGCCUCUCAGGUAAAACCUGUACAGAAGACUUCAUUCAGAGUUUCAACCAUGAAAACCUGCCAGUAGUUGAGGCAGAGGCAUUGAGAGGAGGGAAACCUCUGUCAGAGCCAGAUGAUGAUGAGGAUGAUGACAUUGACAUCACCAAAGGAAGGGAUAUGAUCACCAUGUUGGACAGAUUCGGAGCGGACAUAAACAAAGCAUUCCAGGCAAAACGCAAACGCUUGGAAAUAUUCACAAAGUCCUCUGUGAAAUCAAGCCAUCAGAGGAUUGAGCAGUUAUGGAAGUUUCAACAAAGAGACAGGAAUAAAGUGAAAGAAGAGUACAGCGUCCAGUUCAACACAGUCUUUAACCAGUGGGACACAGAUGUGCAGAAGUCCAGGGAUAACGAGGAGAAACUACUGAGUAUGUUCCAGCACCAACAGAAGAUGUUUCAGCACAUGAGGGCCUCCCAAAGUCAGAGACUGAAGACUCUGAAGCAGCUGCUAGAGCAGUACAUCCAGAGUCUUGAUUCCAUGGAGAAGACCCACGUCAGCCAGCAGAGUGCUGUACAGGAUGAGCUGCGCCAGGAGAUGGCACUGUUUCAAAAAAAGAUCCUCAUGGAAACACAACAGCAAGAGAUGGCUACAGUGCGUAAGUCUCUGCAGACAAUGCUGAUGUAAAUUCUUCAGAAUGCGGGGAGCUGAGAAGAGUCCACUUCAGCCAGCGACUUGGUGUAAAUAUCAUAAUUGGGUUGUCUGUGGUACUUCAAGGAUGUGUUCCAGACAGUCCUUAACCAGCCUCAAGUGCUAAACAUCUCAAAACCCACAUUAACCAGAUCCUCUAAUCAGCAAAAUAGUCAUGGGACAGGGCAGA